AUGACAUUCAGUACUUUAGACGCUGUUGUAUCUUUUUACAAGAACUAUGCUGCUAAAGUUGGCUUUGAUAUAAGGUCUAGUUAUGUUAUGAAGUCUAAGGAUGGAGUGAUUCUGUCAAAGUACAUUCUUUGUAGUAGAGAAGGGUAUAAGAAUGUUACCGAUAGUUCUAUAUUGAAUGUAGAUGAAGCAUCAAGUUCUUCAACUACAAAGAGGAGAAGAGUCUCAAAUAGGACAGGUUGCAAAGCGAGAAUUCUGUUCAAAUUCAUAGGAAGUCUUGGUUAUGUUGUUGAAAAAUUUGAGGAAAGACAUAACCACUUAUCUUUUGAUGCAACAUAUCAAACUAACAGGUACGACAUGGUUUUUACAUCGUUCACCGGGAUUGAUAACCACAAGAAAAGCAUUACAUUUGCAGUUGGAUUAUUAACAAAAGAAGACAUUGCAUCAUAUGUUUGGUUAUUUGAAUACUUUAAGAAAGCAAUGGGUGGAGAGCCAAAAGUAAUUGUUACUGAUCAAGAUCCAGCAAUGAGACAAGCAAUUCCAGCAGUGUUUAGUGAAGCUAGGGAUCGUUUUUGCAUGUGGCACAUUAUGUGCAAGGUGGGUGAAAAGGUUGGUUUUGUGCUAAGUAAGAAUGAAAUUUUUAGGAAGAAAUUGAACUCUAUUGUGUGGAGCUCAUACUUAGAACUUCUUGAAUUCGAGAAUGAAUGGAGAUCAAUCAUGGAAGAGUUUGAUUUAGUCAAUAACAACUGGUUUGUACAAAUGUUUGAGUUGCGAAGAUUUUGGAUACUAUCCUAUUUCAGAGAUGUUCCUAUGGUUGGUUUAUUGAGGACUACAUCACUCUCGGAAGGUGAAAAUGGUUUUUUUAGUCGAUUUACUACCCUUCUGUCUAGUCUUGUCCAGUUUUAUAUGCAGUUUGAGCGUGCUUUGGACUCUCAAAGACACAAUCAUGCAAAACUUACACGUGAUAGUGAGGGGAACAUCCCAGAAAUGAAGACACCUUUGCCCAUUGAAAAACAUGCUUCAACUGUAUACACACUCUCUAUUUUCUAUGAUAUUCAGAAGGAAAUAUGCACAGCAUGUUUUAAUUGUCGAGUUUUGAGUGUUCGAGAAGAUGGUGACAUACUAUAUUAUGAGAUCAAAGAUGGCAGUGAUAGAAAGUUUACUCUGGAGCACAAUGUAACUUAA